AUAGUAAAUCUGGUUCCCGUUCAGCGUUUGUGCCAACUGGAGCAACAGGGUGCAUGCAGAGUGCUAUAAUAGUAGAUCUAGAACUGCAAGCUAAUAGUGCUUAAAGUCGAAGUCGUCAGUUUUAUCCGAGCAGUUGAGAGACAUAAUGCCCCGCAGAGGGAGAGGACGGGGUAGGGGACAUUGGAGAGGGAGAGGAAGGGGGCGAGGAAAACCAACUUACCCCCCUCAUGGAGGCCCUGGUGAAGAGUCUGUUGAAACAUCCUCAUAUACUCCUGAAGGUGAAGAAGAGAACAGUCACAUUCCGGGAAUUCUGGAUGGGUCCUUACCGACAGGGAAGCAGCCAGAGGCAAUGGAAGUCAAUGAGAAGGAGGGAGACCCAGAUGAACACGGCGAAGUAGAGGAGGGGUUCCUGAAAGAGGCGGAUGUCGGGAUCACGGAGUAUAUCAGUUCCUUGCCAGGGUUUAAUGCCAUCAUUAAACAGAGGUAUUCAGACUUCAUAGUGAAUGAAAUUGAUGAGGAAGGACAGACAGUGAAACUGACCCACUUAGAGGUGGACCAAUCCUUGCUACAGGCUGAUGAUGAAGAAGAUGGUCCCGAGUUAGAUGGAGUUCUCUCCCAUGAACAGAAAGAAAAGCUGGAUGAUUUUAACAGUAAUCCUGUUCAGGAGCGGACUCUUGAUUUCUGUGCCCCAGAGGAUAAAGUAAUGCGAGCAAAAAUGCACCAGAUAGUAAGAGUGCGUUACAAAAGUUUGGAGUCGGACACUUUGUUUGAGAAUGAUGUGCGGUUUAUUCGUAUCAUGGCUAAAGGGGCGAAAGGAGCUGGGUCUAGACACUUUUAUGGAAGGAGAAAUAUUCAGCAUAGGUCCUGGCCGCGGGGGUGUGGGAACUACUGCAAGUUUGUCCUGUACAAAGAAAACAUGGACACAAUAGAAGCUGUCUACAGAUUGACAAAGUUUUUUCACAUUAAUAAGAAUAUGUUCCAGUUUGCUGGGACCAAGGAUAAAAGAGCCAUUACCUCUCAAGAAUUCACAGUGUACAGGGUCAAGGCUGAGAGGCUAGUGAGUGCAAAUAGGUACUUCUAUAAGAUGGCACUCGGCAACUUCAGAUAUGUCGACCAACCUCUGAAACUAGGACAGCUAAGUGGCAACAGAUUCACCAUUAUUUUGAGGGACGUGACAGGAAGUGAUGAACUUAUAAACACAUCCCUGGAAUCCCUGAAGACCAAAGGAUUCAUUAAUUACUUUGGGAUGCAGCGAUUUGGCUCCACUGCUAUACCUACCUACCAGGUGGGAAAGGAGUUACUGAAGAGCAAUUACAAAGAGGCAGCAGAACUUAUACUACAACCGAGGCCAGGAGAGAAGGAGUCUAUAGCUGAAUGUAGGAAGAGCUGGUGGAAAGAUAAAAACUGCAUGCAGAUGUUGACGGCAUUACCAAGGAAGUACAACAUAGAGAGGACACUUCUGGAGGGUCUGAUUAAGUUCGGAGAAAGUAACUACGCCAAUGCGUUUCAGAUGAUUCACAGAAAUACGCGGAUGUUAUAUCUCCAUGGUUACCAAAGUUAUAUUUGGAACAGUGUAGCAUCUCGUCGUCUCAGGGAGUUUGGCAUGGUGCCAAUUGUAGGUGACCUUGUAUAUAAAGGUAACAUGAAAGACGUGGCCUUCAAAGAGGAAUCAUCAGCAAAUGGAACGGCUCCAGAUGGCCCCACAAGUUCCAGGAUGACUCCCGCUGUUGUGACCACAGAGACCAAAUCUCAGUACACAAUACACGAUGUCCUACUGCCCUUGCCAGGGUAUGAUGUCAAGUACCCCGACAAUGAAGUUGGUAAGUGGUACACAGAUCUGUUAGCAGCUGAUGGACUAACAAUGGAGGGACUGAAGCACUCCAACAAGCAGUACGCAUUACCAGGGGCGUAUCGACGAUUAAUAAUUUUGCCGACUGGUUUGGAGUGGAAGACGUACCAAUACACAGAUGUUACUAAGGAGCUAACCAUAAGUGACCUCGAUCUCAUUCAGCAAAAACCAGAGCCAGUCUCAGAACCAGAUGGCACAACAAAAGCAUUGAAAUUAGAAAUGUGUCUGCAACAGUCCUGUUAUGCUACCAUGGCGCUUCGUGAAAUUCUUAAAAUAGACACUUCUGCGGCUUACCAGUCAACGCUUAACCACGGUGUUAUGCCCGACCGAACACCAACUGCUAUAGUUGUCAAGGAGAUGCAGAGUAAACAACAGACAAAUCAGACUGGCUGAUUUUGAUGAUCUGUGAAUGUGCAAUAGCUGUGACUGUGUGAUAAAGCAAGAAAUCUUUAAAUCUGAUCAUAAAUUGUUGUGAAUGUAGGACAUAAAUGAGAAAAUAGGAUAUAAUUGUGGAAGUAGGAUAUACACGUAAAUGUGAAAGUAGGAUAUACAUGUAAAUGUGAAAGUAGGAUAUACAUGUAAAUGUGAAAGUAGGAUAUACAUGUAAAUGUGAAAGUAAGAUGUAAUUAUGACAGCAGGUGAAUCACUAUUCAUGUCUGUCUAGGUUUUCAAACUGCAGCAACAAUCUUACUUUCUGGAGAACUUUUAGAAAGGUUUCACUUUCUGAAAAUCCCAUUUUCUGAAGAACUUUUACAAAAUCCCACUUUUUGGAGAACGUUUUCAAAGAUCCCUCUUCUUGGAGAAUUCUUAUAAAGAUCCCACUUCCUGAAGAACGUUUACAAAGAUCCCACUUUCAGGAGACCUUAUUACCAAGAUCUCACAAUCGGUGGAGCUUAUUGCACAGAAGCUACUGUAACUAAUGAACUUUAACAAUAUCACUUUGUUGUUUAAUAAAGUUCAUGAAGAACGGCUA